AUGGCCGACGCUCUCAAGGCAGAGGGCAACAAGGCCUUUGCGGCCAAAGACUUCAAGACCGCAGUUGAGAAAUUCUCCCAGGCCAUCGAACUAGACCCUACCAACCACGUCCUCUACUCCAACCGAUCCGGCGCAUACGCUUCUCUGAAAGACUACCAGGAAGCUCUGGACGACGCAAACAAGACGACAGAGAUCAAGCCUGACUGGGCGAAAGGCUGGGGCAGAAAAGGUGCCGCCGCGCACGGGCUGGGUGAUCUAGUCGGGGCCAAAGAUGCUUUCGAAGAAGCUCUGAAACUCGACCCGUCCAACGCCCAAGCUCAGCAAGGUCUGCAGGCGGUCAAUCGGGCCAUUGAGGCUGAAGCACGUGCAGAUGGAGCAGAUCCAAUGGGUGGGCUUGGAAACAUGUUCAACGACCCUCAACUAAUUCAGAAGCUGGCCCAGAAUCCCAAGACGGCGAGAUAUCUAGCAGACCCGCAGUUCAUGGGCAAGCUGCAACAACUAGCGAAGAACCCUCAAGACAUGGGCCAAGCGCUAGGGGACCCACGGUUCUUGGAGGUUAUGGGCGUACUACUGGGCGUCGACAUGCAGAUGGGAAUGCCGCCCGAAGACGGAUCCUCCGCAAGGCCAGCUGAAGCAGAAGAAGACGUCCCCAUGCCUGACGCCCGCCCUCAAUCCAGACCGCCCCCAUCAACGGAGAAAAAAGCCCCCGAACCAGAACCCUCAGCCGAGCCCGAGGACGAAGAAGCUAUUGCGGCUAAAAAGGCCAAAGAAGAAGCCGACAAAGAAAAGGCUCUCGGCACAGAAAACUACAAGAAACGCAAGUUUGACGAAGCAAUUGAACAUUACUCUAAAGCUUGGGACCUCCACAAAGAUAUCACAUACCUCACCAAUCUCGGCGCCGCCCAAUUUGAGAAGGGCGACUACAAAGGCUGCAUCGAAUCCUGCGAAAAGGCGAUCGAAGAAGGUCGCUCCAUGCUGGCCGACUUCAAGAUCAUCGCCAAAGCAUUUGGGCGCAUCGGUUCCGCGUACGAGAAACUCGGCGACUUACCCAAGGCCAUCAUCAACUACCAGAAAUCCCUGACCGAACACCGCACUCCGGACAUCUUGGCAAAAUUCAAAGCCGCAGAGAAAGCACAGAUCAAAGCCGAAAAGGACGCCUACGUCGACUCCGAAAAAGCAGAAGAAGCCCGUUUACUAGGUGCCGAGAAAUUCAAGAACGCAGACUGGCCCGGCGCCGUCGAGGCAUAUACCGAACUCACCAAGCGCGCGCCUGACGACCCAAGGGGCUACUCGAACCGCGCCGCCGCCCUGAUCAAGCUCCUCGCCUUCCCGACCGCGAUCCAAGACUGUGACGAAGCCAUCCGCCGGGAUCCGUCUUUCAUCAAAGCCUACCUCCGCAAAGCACAGGCCCUGUUCGGCAUGAAGGAAUACAAUAAGUGCCUUGACGUGUGUACCGAGGCGAUGGAGCACGACACCGAAGGCAAGAACGCCCGCGAAAUCGAACAGCAGCAACAGAGGGCCCUGGAGGCCAUGUAUAAGGCCAGGGAGGGCGAGACCGAGGAAGAGACCAGCUCUAGAAUUCAGAGGGAUCCGGAAAUAAUGCAAAUCCUCUCCGACCCAGUCAUGCAAUCGAUCCUGCAACAAGCCAAAUCCGACCCCGCGGCACUGAACGAGCACAUGAAGAACCCGGGUAUUCGGUCUAAGAUCCAGAAAUUGAUCGCCGCAGGUGUUAUCCGUGUUGGGAGGUAG